GGACCCUUGAUAUUUAGGAAAACUAUGUUUAACUCUACUGACAUCAAGUUUUCUGUUAAGUCAUUCAGUUGUUCUGGGCCUGUGAAGUUUACCAUAGAGUGGCAUUUGAAGUAUCAUACCUGUCAUAAUGAAUAUCCUGAGCUGGAGGAGAUGUCCCAAAAUCAUGAACUGCGUGUUGAUGAAGACUUUUGUGGUUAUUUCAAAAACAUUGACUGUUGGACAACAAAAAAUGAAAAUCUGGAUUGCAACAGUGAUUUACAGGUGUUUCCCUCGGUAAAUAAUAAAGAAUUAACAAGUAUCAGAAAUGUUUCCAACCGGGAAAGAUCGAUGGAUGUUGUAGCCAGGACACAGAGAGAUGGCUUUCAUAUCUUUAUUGUUUCUAUUAAAACGGAGAAAACACAUGCCAGCUGGAAUCUGAAUGUUUCUCUUUCUAUGAUGGGGCCUCAUGGAUACAUCUCUGCAUCAGACUGGCCUCUAAUGAUUUUUUACAUGGUGAUGUGUAUUGUUUAUAUAUUUUAUGGUGUGCUUUGGCUGAUGUGGUCUGCCUGUUAUUGGAAAGAUAUAUUAAGAAUCCAGUUCUGGAUUGCAGCUGUUAUUUUCCUAGGAAUGCUUGAAAAAGCAGUUUUUUAUACUGAAUACCAAAACAUCAACAGCACUGGACUGUCAACACAAGGUUUAUUGAUAUUUGCGGAGUUGAUAUCUGCGGUUAAAAGAACAUUGGCUCGCCUCCUUGUGAUCAUUGUGAGCUUGGGUUAUGGCAUUGUGAAGCCUCGCUUAGGAACAGUUAUGCACCGGGUAAUUGGACUGGGACUGCUUUAUUUCAUCUUUGCAGCUGUUGAAGGCGUGAUGAGAGUCAUUGGGGGUUCUAAGCAUUUAGCAGUUGUUUUGGGUGACAUUGUUUUAGCAGUCAUUGACUCCAUUUUUGUAUGGUUCAUUUUUAUAAGUUUGGCACAAACUAUGAAGACUCUAAGGCUAAGGAAGAACACAGUAAAAUUUUCAUUAUAUAGACACUUUACAAAUACUCUCAUCUUUGCUGUGCUGGCUUCUAUAGUGUUCAUGGUGUGGACAACUAAGACAUUUAGAAUUGCAAAAUGCCAAUCAGAUUGGAUGGAACUCUGGGUUGAUGAUGCAUUUUGGAGCUUCCUUUUUUCACUCAUUCUUAUUGUAAUAAUGUUUUUGUGGAGACCAUCAGCAAAUAAUCAGAGAUAUGCCUUCAUGCCCUUAAUAGAUGACUCUGAUGAUGAAGUUGAAGAAUUCAUGGUAACAUCUGAAAAUUUAACGGAAGGAAUAAAAUUAAGAGCCUCAAAAAUGGUUUCCAAUGGAACAGCUAAAUCUACUUCUGAUAAUUUUGAUGAAGAUUUGAAGUGGGUGGAAGAAAACAUUCCCUCUUCAUUCACAGACGUGCCCACAUCACCAGUGAAUGGCUAAUUUACAUCUUACAGGGCCACAAGAAAACAAAACCCUGGGUUAGUCUUUCUCUUCCCUUUUCACUAUACACCAGUGAUUUUAAUACUCAUGGUUUGUCACAAAUUCUAGCUCUACUCUACAGUUACCUGCUCUGCAAUUAUCAGGAUUAUUUAUUUUGUUUUAAUUUUCUAUUAGGGAAAGGUUCAAAUGUGAAACUUUAAAAAACACAUACAAAUACAAUGCCAUAUAUUGCAUGGAAACUGCUGGAAGAUCAUAGAGUUCACAAGAAUCACCUCUGGAAACUUUGAGUUGUUCAUGUUCUUCUCUGUCUGUGUCCUAUUCAAAACAAGAAUUUCAGAUAGCUGUUUCUGCAGUAAAGAUAGACAGAAUGGUAACAUCUUCACACUUCCUGCUUCCAUCUGGCUUCUACUUAGAAGUUUCUAUCUAGUAUGACAUUCCUUUUGCUUGAGGAAUUUCCUUCAUUUUUCUUCUGCAGGUAUACUGAAAAUGAGUCUACCAAAUUUUUAUUUGUCUGAAAGAGUCUUUGUUUCACUUUUUUUUUGAAAGGCAUUUUCACUGGGUAUAGAAAUCUUGGUUGACAGUUUUUUUUUCCAGUUUUGGAAAGAAGCCCAACUCCUUCUUUCCUCUUGGUGGUUCUAGAUUUUGAGCUCAGCCUUGCGCUUACUAGGCAGGUGCUCUACCACUUGAGCCACUCCACUGCCCUUUUUUGUGUUGAGUAGGUAGGGUCUUGCACACUAUUUGCUCAGGCUGGCCUCCAACUAAGAUCCUCCUGAGCUUUGCCUCCCAAGUAGCUAGGAUUAGAGGUGUGUGCCACCAGUGCCUGGCUGCUUUAUUUCUUUGUUCCUCUAUAGGUUUUGUAGGUUUGGUUUUAUGUGGUGGUUUUACUUUUGCUAGCUUCAAGAUUUUAUCUUUAGAUUUAAUCAUUAUGAAUAUGAUUUUAGAGGGAUGUGGGUGUGUGUGUGCAUGCAUGUAUAUACAUUUUUUUUCCUUUCUCUUGACUGCCUAGAAAUGGAAUUGCUGGAUCAUGUGAUAACUCUAUUUUUUAACAUUUCGAGGAAAUACUAAGCUGUUUUCCAAAGCAGCUGCACUAUUUUACAUUCCUGUCAAUAAUAAGUGAGGGUUCCACUUUCUCCAUUUCAUUGCCAAUAUUUGUUACUGUCCACCUUUUUAUGCUGCCCCUUUCAGUGGCUCUGCAGAGUUACCUUCCUGUGCUUUUCAGUCACUGAAAUUUGAACUGUCCUGGUUGAGGGACUGGUAUUAAAUUGUGCUAUCUCAAAUUCAUGCAUAUCAGUUGUAUGCAAGAUAGGAACUGAAACGCAUAAUGCAAUAUUAUACUUUUAUCAGGUCUUUCUUUAGUAUUUCUUGUAUAAAUUAUUAUAGUAUAAGUUUGCUAACAACAAAUCCUCUCAGUUUUACUAAUAUGAAAAUAUAUUUAUUUUGUCUUCCUUUUUAAAGGAUAGUUUUGAUAGUCUUCACCUUUCAAUGUCCUUCAUAAAUUUCAUGUUAAAACUUUGGCACAUACUUUUCCUUCAGGCUCUCCUCAAAGCUCUGUUGCCCACUGGGACUAGGUUAAGCUUACUGAAAACUUUUGUAAGUGUGUCUUUACUAUUUAUCCAUAUUAUCUUUCUUGAACAGAGGCACAUCGUGUGCCUCUCUCAUAGACAUUCAGGUGGUGAUAAUAAUGACAUGGAGCUUAAGCAAAUGCUUGAGUCUACAAAUCCCAUCUCCCGUGUGUUUACUCAUCCCUCUUAAGUUCUCAUGGAAAGCACCAUAGAUGUAGGCACUCAAACCUGCAU